UUGUUCGUUUGAUGAGCACUACAGUAAUUGUGGUUAUAGUGUGGCCUUGGGAACCAAUGGAUUUACCUGGGAGCAGAUCAAUACCUGGGAAAAGCCAACGAUGGAUCCUGCUGUCCCAACUGGCUCCUUCAUGAUGGUGAACAGCUCUGGGCGAGCAUCUGGACAGAAAGCUCACCUGCUCUUGCCUACACUGAAGGAAAAUGACACCCACUGCAUUGACUUCCACUAUUACCUGUCCAGCCGAGACCGUUCGAGUCCUGGCUCUCUGAACGUCUAUGUGAAGGUGAAUGGAGGACCACAGGGCAAUCCCAUAUGGAAUGUCUCGGGGGUUGUUACAGAAGGAUGGGUGAAAGCAGAACUUGCCAUCAGUACGUUCUGGCCACAUUUUUAUCAGGUGAUAUUUGAGUCUGUCUCUUUGAAAGGACACCCAGGGUACAUAGCUGUGGAUGAAGUCAGAGUUCUCGCCCAUCCAUGCAGAAAAGCACCUCAUUUCCUCCGGCUGCAGAACGUGGAGGUGAACGUGGGACAGAAUGCGACAUUCCAGUGCAUUGCUGGAGGGAAGUGGUCACAGCAUGACAAGCUCUGGCUCCAGCAAUGGAAUGGAAGGGACACAGCACUGAUGGUCACUCGAGUGGUCAACCACAGGCGCUUUUCUGCCACGGUGAGCGUGGCUGAUACCUCCCAGCGCAGCAUCAGCAAGUACCGCUGCGUCAUUCGCUCCGACGGUGGAUCUGGAGUUUCCAAUUAUGCAGAAUUAAUAGUCAAAGAGCCCCCAACUCCCAUUGCCCCCCCUGAGCUGCUGGCUGUCGGUGCCACGUACCUGUGGAUCAAACCCAACGCCAACUCCAUCAUUGGAGAUGGGCCCAUCAUACUGAAAGAGGUGGAGUACCGGACGACCACUGGGAAUUGGGCUGAAACACACAUUGUAGACUCUCCUAAUUACAAGCUCUGGCAUUUGGACCCUGAUGUGGAGUACGAGAUCCGGGUGCUGCUCACUCGCCCUGGAGAAGGAGGCACCGGCCCCCCUGGACCACCACUCACAACAAGGACUAAGUGUGCAGAUCCUGUCCAUGGACCACAGAAUGUGGAAGUGGUUGAUAUCCGCUCCCGGCAGCUGACGUUGCAGUGGGAACCCUUUGGCUAUGUGGUGACCCGCUGCCACAGCUACAAUCUCACCGUCCAGUACCAGUAUGUGUUUAACCAGCAAAAGUUCGAGGCAGAGGAACUCAUCCAAACCUCGUCCCACUACACCUUGCGAGGUCUCCGGCCCUUCAUGACCAUCAGGCUGCGGUUGGCCCUCUCGAACCCUGAGGGUAAAAUGGAGAGUGAGGAGCUGGUUGUGCAGACGGAGGAGGAUGUUCCUGGACCCGUUCCCUUGGAAUCCAUCCAGGGAGGACCUUUUGAAGAGAAGAUCUAUGUUCAGUGGAAGCCUCCAAAUGAGACAAAUGGCAUCAUUACACUCUAUGAGAUCACAUACAAGGCCGUUGGGUCUCUGGAUCCCAGUGCUGACCUGUCCAGCCAAAGAGGGAAAGUCUUCAAGCUAAGGAAUGAAACACAUCACCUCUUUGUAGGAUUAUACCCAGGGACCACGUAUUCAUUCACCAUCAAAGCCAGCACAGUCAAGGGCUUCGGGCCACCCAUCACAACACGGAUUGCAACCAAGAUUUCAGCACCAUCAAUGCCAGAGUACGACACAGACUCACCCCUGAAUGAGACUGACACGACCAUCACCGUCAUGCUGAAGCCUGCUCAGUCCCGGGGUGCUCCUGUCAGUGUCUAUCAACUAGUGGUCAAGGAGGAGAAGCUGCAGAAAGCACGGAGAGCUGCAGACAUCAUAGAGUGCUUCUCUGUCCCAGUGAGCUACAAGAACGCUUCCAGUCUGGACUCACCACACUACUUUGCAGCAGAGCUGAAACCCAUCAACCUGCCCGUCACUCAGCCCUUCACAGUGGGUGACAACAAAACCUACAAUGGCUACUGGAAUGCUCCACUUUCUCCCCUGAAAAGCUACAGCAUAUACUUCCAGGCUCUGAGCAAGGCAAAUGGAGAAACAAAAAUCAACUGUGUCCGGCUGGCAACCAAAGCAGUAAUGGGUAGGCAACAAGUGACCACGCGAAACCCGCCCAGCAUCUUGAGCACAGGAGCUUCCACCCAGAAUUCCAACGCAGUGGAACCAGAAAAACAAGUUGACAGCACGGUGAAAAUGGCUGGAGUUAUAGCUGGUCUGCUGAUGUUUGUUAUUAUCCUCCUGGGAGCAAUGCUUACCAUCAAGAGAAGAAGAAAUGCAUAUUCCUACUCCUACUACUUGCAUUCAAGCCAGUGUUUUAGGGGCCUCUCUGUCUUCUACAGGACCAGGAAGCUAGCCAAGAAGCAGAAGGAGACUCAGACCAGCACGCAGAGGGAGAUGGGUCCCAUGGCUACUUCUGACAAGACCUGUACCAAACUCAGUGCUGUUCACAAUGAAGAAGCUUUCUCUUCCAGCUGCCAAGAUGUUAAUGGAUUCACAUCACCCUCUCCUUGUUCAUUUUCUGUCCAAAGCAAAACCCUUCAGAGCAAAUCUUUGUUGAAUUCCUACUACUCAGUAUCAUCAGACACUGUUCCAUCGACAACGCUGUUAGACAGUAGCCAUGGAGAGAUGACCCAGCCAACCCUGACUAUCCAGACCCACCCGUUCCGGAGCUGCGAGCCGGUGGAAAUGUCCUACCCCCGGGGGCAGUUCCAGCCAGCCAUCCGAGUGGCCGACCUGCUGCAGCACAUCACCCAGAUGAAGCGAGGACAGGGCUAUGGAUUUAAAGAGGAGUAUGAGGCACUACCCGAGGGGCAGACAGCAUCCUGGGAUACAGCCAAGGAAGACGAAAACCGCAAUAAGAACAGAUACGGAAACAUAAUCUCCUAUGAUCAUUCAAGAGUGAGAUUGCAGCUGCUGGAUGGGGACCCUCACUCGGACUACAUAAACGCCAAUUACAUAGACGGGUACCACCGGCCUCGCCAUUACAUUGCAACUCAAGGGCCUAUGCAAGAGACAGUGAAGGAUUUCUGGAGAAUGAUCUGGCAAGAAAACUCCGCAAGUGUGGUCAUGGUCACCAACUUGGUGGAAGUGGGCAGGGUAAAAUGUGUUCGGUACUGGCCAGAUGACACAGAGGUCUAUGGAGAUAUUAAAGUCACAUUGAUUGAAACAGAACCGUUGGCAGAGUAUGUCAUACGCACAUUUACUGUGCAGAAGAAAGGCUACCAUGAGAUCCGAGAGAUUCGGCAGUUCCACUUCACCAGCUGGCCAGACCACGGUGUUCCCUGCUAUGCCACCGGCCUCCUGGGCUUCGUUCGCCAAGUGAAGUUCCUCAAUCCCCCAGAAGCAGGACCCAUUGUUGUGCACUGCAGUGCAGGGGCUGGGAGAACAGGGUGCUUCAUUGCCAUCGACAUCAUGCUCGACAUGGCAGAGAAUGAAGGCGUGGUGGAUAUAUUUAACUGUGUGCGAGAGCUGCGAUCCCAAAGAGUCAAUCUGGUGCAGACAGAGGAGCAGUAUGUGUUUGUCCAUGAUGCCAUUUUGGAGGCAUGUCUCUGUGGCAACACAGCCAUUCCAGUUUGUGAGUUCAGAUCCAUAUAUUACAACAUCAGCCGACUAGAUCCACAGACCAAUUCCAGCCAGAUAAAGGAUGAGUUUCAGACUCUCAAUAUCGUGACACCGCGUGUGCGGCCAGAGGAUUGCAGCAUCGGCCUCCUGCCCAGGAACCACGACAAGAACCGCUGCAUGGAUGUGCUGCCCUUGGACCGCUGCCUGCCUUUCCUCAUCUCCGUGGAUGGCGAAUCCAGUAACUACAUCAAUGCUGCACUCAUGGAUAGCCACAAGCAACCUGCUGCCUUUAUUGUCACCCAACACCCUCUGCCCAACACCGUAGCAGACUUCUGGAGGCUGGUGUUUGAUUAUAACUGCUCCUCUGUGGUGAUGCUGAACGAGAUGGAUGCAGCACAGCUCUGCAUGCAGUACUGGCCAGAGAAAACUUCCUGUUGUUACGGCCCAAUUCAAGUAGAGUUUGUUUCAGCAGACAUUGAUGAAGAUAUCAUCAAUCGGAUAUUCCGGAUCUGCAACAUGGCCAGGCCGCAGGAUGGGUACCGCAUAGUUCAGCAUCUGCAGUACAUUGGCUGGCCAGCAUACAGGGACACCCCUCCUUCCAAACGCUCCCUCCUCAAGGUGGUCAGAAGGUUGGAGAAGUGGCAAGAACAGUACGAUGGGAGAGACGGACGGACUGUUGUCCACUGCCUGAACGGCGGGGGACGCAGUGGCACCUUCUGUGCCAUCUGCAGCGUGUGUGAAAUGAUUCAACAGCAGAAUAUCAUUGAUGUGUUCCACAUAGUGAAAACGCUACGGAAUAACAAAUCCAACAUGGUGGAGUCAUUGGAACAGUAUAGAUUUGUAUACGAGGUUGCACUGGAAUACUUGAGUUCCUUUUAGCGCAGUGGAGGCAGGGGAGCCUCUGGAAUGCCAGACCCCAAUCUCUGGCCAAUGCUUCUCCCCUCUCCCACACUGGAAGGCAGUGACAAGUGUGGAAAGGAAAACCUCUCCUUCCCAGAGCAAGAGACUGAGACUGCAUAGACCUGUCUGGAUGGAGGAGCCGAUGCCUGUGUCUGCAGCUGCCUGCUUUCCCUCGAACAUCUCCUGCUUCGUAAAUAACCUCCUGUAAGAAUUAGCAACAUGGGAAACAGGCUCAAGACUGGACCUCCCAAUCCCCUCUGACUUCUCUCCUCUUUGGGAUUGUAUUUUUGCUCUCCUUGCUGCAGAGUGGGGAAGGAACGAAACCCUGAAGAAAUUCUCUUCUCAGUGUCUCUUUUUUAAUUUAUAAAUUUGUUCUCAAAUCCCAGCCUCUAAGUUUUUUAAUUCCAUGCAGCAGUCAUUUGGGACAAAUGAGAUAGCCAUAGGGGACAUUGGAAAUGGUUCAUUACCAUUUGUCUGUCUUCCCUAUUUAUUUGUUUUUCCAAAUGAAAAGGCCAACACAAGAGAAAAAAAAAACCCAACCCAACCCACCAACACUGGAAUUCUCAUGUGUAGUUCCUUCUAGCAUGAAAACAGAUGGUGGACAUGAGAAGCUGUUCAUGGAUUCACUGCCUUGGCUUCUACCUAGAUGUUUCCUCCCAGUUUCUGCUAGGCUCCCAAGGCUGUGCAUGAACCGGUUCCAGCUCUGGUCUGCGUUCCUUUCAGUGCUGGUGAAGCAAUACCAGGAAUGAGUUUCCCAGGCACUUGAACCUUAAGGUUAAAUAUUUGCAUCAAACAAAUUGCAUUUGUCUUGCAAUUGGUAACUUUGUUACCAUGUUUUUCAAGUAUUUGCUGGGGUACAGUGUGUUUGACGAACAGGGUAUACAGUAGGUAUUAUUGAUCAUAUACUAUGUAUUGCUAUUUCUUAUUUAUAACUUGUAUUGCUGUACAAUACAAACUCGGGACCCCUAGUCACGACAGGACCCUGCUGAACUAGGCACUGUGCAAACAGAGGACAAAGAAGGUUCCUGCUCAGGAGCUUCUGAAGAUAAGUCUUAAAAUUGGGCUUGCUCAAGAUUUCCUCACUAUUUCCAAACUGUUGUACAGUUAGAUGCAGUUGAGUGAUUUAUUCAGACCUCCUUAAAAACAGUAACCCAUCCCAGGUGCAGGAAAGGUGAUGUACAUACACAGAAACCUAUUCUGGCAUGUGCUAAGGAAGGGUUAGACCAGCAACUCCCCUUC